GGGGGAGAGAGGCAAAAAGUAAGAGAGGAAAAAAAAUAGCAGGAAGAUGGCGCCCACCAAGCCCAGCUUUCAGCAGGAUCCUUCCAGGCGAGAACGUUUACAAGCAUUGAGAAAGGAGAAGUCCCGGGAUGCUGCCCGCUCCCGCCGGGGAAAAGAAAACUUUGAGUUCUAUGAAUUGGCCAAGUUGUUGCCUCUUCCUGCAGCCAUCACUAGCCAGCUUGACAAGGCCUCCAUCAUUCGACUUACAAUUAGCUAUCUGAAAAUGAGAGACUUUGCUAACCAGGGGGACCCUCCAUGGAACUUGCGAAUGGAAGGCCCUCCACCUAACACGUCAGUAAAAGUUAUAGGUGCACAGCGAAGGAGAAGCCCCAGUGCACUGGCCAUUGAAGUAUUUGAAGCACAUUUGGGAAGUCACAUUUUGCAGUCCCUGGAUGGCUUUGUAUUUGCACUAAAUCAAGAAGGAAAAUUUUUGUACAUUUCUGAAACAGUCUCCAUCUACCUAGGCCUCUCGCAAGUGGAGCUGACAGGCAGCAGCGUCUUUGACUAUGUCCACCCCGGGGACCACGUGGAGAUGGCAGAGCAGCUGGGCAUGAAGCUCCCGCCUGGGCGGGGUCUCCUCUCGCAGGGCACCGCUGAAGAUGGAGCCAGCUCAGCGUCUUCCUCCUCCCAGUCAGAAACCCCAGAGCCAGUGGAAUCAACCAGCCCCAGUCUGCUAACCACUGACAACACCCUUGAGCGUUCGUUUUUCAUCCGAAUGAAAUCUACUCUGACCAAACGUGGCGUGCACAUCAAAUCAUCAGGAUAUAAGGUGAUUCACAUAACGGGCCGGCUACGACUGAGGGUGUCGCUGUCCCACGGGAGGACCGUCCCCAGCCAAAUCAUGGGUCUCGUGGUUGUGGCUCAUGCCUUGCCUCCCCCUACGAUCAAUGAAGUCAGAAUUGACUGCCAUAUGUUCGUCACUCGAGUAAAUAUGGACCUCAAUAUCAUUUACUGUGAAAAUAGGAUUAGUGAUUAUAUGGAUCUGACUCCCGUAGACAUUGUAGGGAAAAGAUGCUACCACUUCAUCCAUGCUGAAGACGUCGAGGGCAUCAGGCACAGUCACUUGGACUUGCUGAAUAAGGGCCAGUGUGUGACAAAGUACUAUCGUUGGAUGCAGAAGAAUGGAGGAUAUAUUUGGAUACAGUCUAGUGCCACAAUAGCUAUUAACGCCAAGAACGCAAAUGAGAAGAACAUCAUCUGGGUGAAUUAUCUUCUGAGCAACCCCGAGUACAAGGACACGCCAAUGGACAUCGCACAGCUUCCCCACCUGCCGGAGAAAACUUCGGAAUCCUCAGAGACCUCCGACUCUGAGUCAGACUCUAAAGACACCUCAGGUAUUACAGAGGACAACGAGAACUCCAAGUCCGACGAGAAGGGGAACCAGUCCGAGAACAGCGAAGACCCGGAGCCCGACCGCAAGAAGUCGGGCAACACGUGCGACAACGACAUGAACUGCAAUGACGACGGCCACAGCUCCAGCAACCCGGACAGCCGCGACAGCGACGACAGCUUCGAGCACUCGGACUUUGAGAACCCCAAGGCGGCCGAGGACGGCGGCGGCUUCGGCGCGCUGGGCCCCAUGCAGAUCAAGGUCGAGCGCUACGUGGAGAGCGAGUCGGACCUGCGGCUGCAGAACUGCGAGUCGCUGUCGUCGGACAGCGCCAAGGACUCGGACAGCGCGGGCGACGCGGGCGCGCAGGCCUCCAGCAAGCACCAGAAGCGCAAGAAGAGGCGGAAACGGCAGAAGGGCGGCAGCGCCAGCCGCCGGCGCCUGUCCAGCGCGUCGAGCCCCGGCGGCCUGGACGCGGGCCUGGUGGAGCCCCCGCGGCUGCUGUCCUCCCCCAACAGUGCCUCGGUGCUCAAGAUCAAGACGGAGAUCUCGGAACCCAUCAACUUCGACAACGACAGCAGCAUCUGGAACUACCCGCCCAACCGGGAGAUCUCCCGGAACGAGUCGCCCUACAGCAUGACCAAGCCCCCCAGCUCCGAGCACUUCCCGUCCCCGCCGGGCGGCGCAGGCGGCGGGGGGCUGCACGUGGCCAUCCCCGACUCUGUCCUCACUCCGCCCGGUGCCGACGGCACGGCCGCCGCCGCCGCCGCCCGCAAGACUCAGUUCGGCACCUCGGCCCCCGCGGCCUUGGCCCCCGUCGCCUCCGACCCGCUGUCGCCCCCGCUCUCGGCGUCCCCGCGGGACAAGCACCCCGGGGGCGGAAGCAGCGGCGGCGGGAGCGGCCCCGGAGCGUCCAACUCCUUGCUGUACACUGGGGACCUGGAGGCGCUGCAGAGGUUGCAGGCGGGCAACGUCGUGCUGCCGCUGGUGCACAGGGUGACCGGGACCCUGGCGGCCACCAGCACGGCCGCGCAGAGGGUCUACACCACGGGCACCAUCCGCUACGCGCCCGCCGAGGUGACCCUGGCCAUGCAGGGCAACCUGCUGCCCAACGCGCACGCUGUUAACUUCGUGGACGUUAACAGCCCGGGCUUCGGCCUUGACCCCAAGACGCCCAUGGAGAUGCUCUACCACCACGUGCACCGGCUCAACAUGUCGGGACCGUUUGGCGGCGCCGUGAGCGCGGCCAGCCUGACGCAGAUGCCCGCCGGCAACGUGUUCACUACGGCCGAGGGACUCUUCUCCACGCUGCCCUUCCCCGUCUACAGCAACGGCAUCCACGCGGCACAGACUCUGGAGCGCAAGGAGGACUGAGCACCGCCCAGCGCGGCCCGGGGCUCUGCCCGGAGGCAUCGUCGGCGUUUUCGUUUAGACCUUUGAUUCUAGCACUUUGAAUUCGAGCAGGUCAGCAUCUUCUGUCGCCACGACGGUCCCCGUUCCAUCCCCUCUUUCUUUCACUGGACUCAUUCUUUCCUGUAAAGAUAUGUUUAUUUUUGGCCUUCAGAGGGUCAGACGACCAGUUGCCUGCCAUUUUGUCUUCUUCCGAGAUGUGUGUUGGGUUGUUUUGCUUUCCUUUGCAUCUUUAUUAAGAUGUCUUUAAU